CAUGGGUCUGUAUUUCUUAUGAAGUUAGCAUCAACCCAGCUCAUAAAGUUAUACACAAAUGAGGUUUCGCGUGAGAAACGAUGAGUUUGAUGAAUUAUGGAAGGAAGAGAAGAUUCGCUACCUACAGACGACAGUGAGCAUGGUGCCAGUAUCCGAGGACAGGCCGUUUCUGACGCUAUAGAGUCGGACAGAGUGUCGGUGGAACGACGUAGAAUGUCUUUUUCUUCCGAGCGUAUCAGCUUGUCCGCCGAAGCUGGUGAAAAGACCCGAGCUGGUUGUUGCGCUGCCACUUCUCAUGAGAAGACUAACAUGCGUCCAGAAUCAGGUUCACGCAAAACCGCUGGUCAACCCGAUGGCCGCCAGCUUCCUUCGGAACUAAUAGAACUCAAAACUUCCACAAUCAUGCAACAUUACUACCCAGAAGGUGGGUGGGGAUGGGUGAUCUGUGCUUGUGCUUUCUUAGUUCACGGAUUAACCACAGGGCUACAGUUAUCGUUUGGUGUGUUCUACAUGCAGGUGCUGAGGAGGUUUGGUGAGGAUAAAAAAAGUGAAGCUGAGUGGAUAGGAGCGAUGUCGAUGUCUUGCGCGUUUCUGGUGGCUCCCGUGGCUGUCGCUGUAUGCCGAAGAAAAAGUAUCAGGCUCACAGCAGUAGUUGGUGGGAUGGUGACUGCUCUUGGGUGCCUAUUUACCUCAUUUGCCUCUCAGAUGCACCACAUAUUUGUCAGCUACAGUAUAUUUAUGAGUUGUGGACUCGGAAUUGCUAGAGAAACCUCAAGUCUUAUGAUUGGACAAUACUUCAAGCGCAAGCGCGAGUUUGUGGAGGUGUUUGUCCAGUCGGGUACUGGACUAGGAAUCGCUAUUAUGUCUGUACUACUGAAAGACCUUAUUAAGUUAUUAGACUGGAGGUUAGGACUUCAUGUUGUAACUGGUGUCACAUUUAUAAGUUUCUUUCUUGGGAUGUUCUACCGGCCAGCUUCGUUAUAUCAUCCUCAGCGUAGAGCAAUUCUUCACUUAAAGAACCAGAAACGAAAGGUUAAAGGUAGAAAGAAUUUGCAAGACAAAGCUCCUUUCAUAGACUUUUCACCUCUUAAGGAGAAAACGUUACAAAUUAUUAUAUUUUCAGCUUUCCUGGCGUCUUUCGGAGCAUACACACCUUGUUUCUACUUGGUUUAUAUAGCCAAGAAUGAAGGACUGGAAGAAAACUCCAUUCUCCUCCUCCAAGUUUUUCUAGGCUUAGCAUAUUCUCUAGGAUGUUAUGCGUUUAGCCUGCCAAUAUUAAAGAAUACACCACAGUGUAGAAUAUCUCGCUUGUACGUUUUCCAAACUACCAUGUUAGGACUCGCAAUCUCCAUUUUGUCUUUUUGUGCUUUAAACGGAUACUACGGAUAUGUUUUAUUUGUCUGGUUUUACGGAAUUUUCUGUGGCGGAUAUCAAUAUAGUUUAAAAAUGCACCUAUACGAGAAGGUCAGACCGAACUAUUUUGAUGGCUCUUGGGGUUAUUUACAGUUCUGUCAGUUUAUUCCUGUUUUAAUUGGAAUUCCCGUCACAGGAUACAUCAACAAAGGUAAAAGACCAAAGAUGGGUUUUAUUUUUUCGUGUGGAUGUAUCUUAGCAGGAACUCUUGCGCUGUUCCUUAUAAACAUCCGAAGAAAGGCCAAUAAAACAUCAAACCAGGUAACAACGAAUUGUACAGCAGAUCAAAACUGUUAUGAAAUUGAACAUUCUCUGAGUUUACGUAACACUGAUCUUUGUACGUGUAGCAAUAAGAUGGGUCAUGAAAGGUCAACGCCUUUAGAGAAGUUUCAAAGAGGUAUUCUGUUCGCAACUUCUGCAAAUGUGGUUGAUAGUGAAAAAGGACCAGACUAUUUGGUUUGUAUCUCUGAAGAAAGAUUAGCUAAUCUAGGAGAAAAUAAUAUUGUUGAUGAAUUGAGAGGAGGAGAGUAGAUCACCUUCACGAGUGGAGAGGAAGAGAGUGCAUCAUGUGGACGAGUGGAAAGGAGAAGAGUACAUUCUCUAGACGAGUUCAGAGAAGAAGAGUACAUUCUCUAGACGAGUUCAGAGAAGAAGAGUACAUUCUCUAGACGAGUUCAGAGAAGAAGAGUGCAUCACCUCUUGCAAUAGAGAAAAUAAGAUUACCGGCCUUGAGAACAGUUUGAAUGAAAACAUCCCAGUUCUUUAGAAGAGCGGACAAAACUCCACGAAAUACACUUGUGCACGCUCUAAUCACUAUGGCUUAAGUAUAUUUAAUAAUUAUGAUAUUACAAAAAGAUAUUCCGAAACAAAAAGAAAUUUUCCGAAUACUGAAGAAACCACAAGUUGCGUUUAACACAAAAUAGACAAUAACCACAGUCUACUAAAUACUUUUAUGUUUUUGAAAAAGUUUUUAAACUUAUAAAGAUUUAUUACUGGGAAAAUAUGCAUGAAGUACGUUCUUUAUAUUGAACUGAAAACCUUUUUUUAUCAAAUAAUUCAAUAUUGUUUUGUAUCGAAAUAUCAUUAUACACGAAACUAAACCUAUUUCGUCAGUCAAUCUGAGGCCUGUUCACUGUCAGAGUUUCAUGAAUUAGAAGUAAAACAUUAAAUGUUAUUACGGAACUUUAUCUUUUAA